CUGAUCGUAUACAAGAAACCAUGGCUGCUGAGCUUGUGGGUGGAGCAUUUCUCUCUGCUGCUCUUCAAGUUGCUUUUCAAAGGCUGGCUUCUUCUGACAUCACCCACUACUUCCGAUCAAGAAACCUCAAAGAUAGCUUGCUUAAGAAGCUUCACAUCACCCUCAUUUCUGUGAAUCAAGUGCUUGGUGAUGCAGAAGCAAGGCAGUACACAAGCCCAAAUGUGAACACGUGGCUUCACGAGCUCAAACAUGUGGUGUAUGUCGCGGAUGACCUCUUAGAUGAGAUUGCUACGGAGGCAACCAGGCUGAAGAUCGAAACUGAGAAUCAAUCUGCUACCAGUAAGGUACGAGGCAUCUUUACUUCUUUCGUUAAUCAAUUUGAAAAACACAUCGAAGAAAGAAUCCAGGAAGUGCUUGAUGAACUGGAGUUCCUUGCAAAACAAAAGGAUGCUCUGGGAUUGAAGAAAGGCUCUGGCAGUGGUAGUGAAGCUGGAGUUGGUGUUAAACUAUCCACCAGACUGCCAACUACAUCUUUGGUGGUUGGUGAGUCCAGUGUAUAUGGUAGAGAUAGUGACAGAGAAAAAAUAAUUGAGCGUUUACUUGAUCAGGAUCUGAGUAUGAACCCACUAUCCGUGAUUUCUGUAGUGGGUAUGGGUGGACUGGGUAAGACCACUCUUACUCAGCUAGUGUACAACGAUGUAAGGAUAGAGGAUCAGUUUCAACUCAAAGCUUGGGUAUGUAUUUCAGAAGAAUUUGAUGUUGUUAGAAUCACAAAAACAAUACUUUCCGCAUUUGAAUGUUUCGUAACUGGAUAUGAAGACCUAAAUCAGCUUCAGCUGAAAUUGAAGGAGAAAUUGGUGGGGAGGAAAUUUUUGCUAGUUCUUGAUGAUAUUUGGAAUGAGCGCCAAUCUGAUUGGGAAGCUUUGCAAGUUCCUUUUUUCUAUGGGACAUCAGGAAGUAAGAUCAUUGUUACAACACGUAGUGAAAAAGUAGCACUAGUUGUCUGCUCUAGUAGAGUAUACCGCUUGGCCUUAUUAAAUGAAGAAGAUGGUUGGAAAUUAUUUGCAGAAUAUGCAUUUAGAAAUGAGAAUGACAGCAAGAGGACAGAUCUUGAGUCAAUAGGUAAAAAGAUUGUCCACAAGUGCAAAGGGUUGCCUUUAGCUAUAAAAACAUUGGGUGGCCUCUUGCACACGAAAUCAUCAGAGAAACAAUGGCAUGAAAUCCUUAAUUGUGAGAUAUGGCAGUUGUCAGAUGGUGAGAGUGAUAUAACGCGAGCUUUAAGAUUAAGCUACCAUUACCUUCCUUCUUAUUUAAAGCGGUGUUUUGCAUUUUGUUCUAUAUUUCCAAAAGACUAUCAAAUUGAGAAGGACUCUCUAAUCCUCAUGUGGAUGGCCGAAGAUUUGUUGCAUUGCCAUCAAGGAAAUAAAAAUGUGGAAGAAAUGGGAAGUCAAAUCUUGGCUGAACUAGAAUCAAGGUCAUUUCUCCAAAAGUCAACAACGCAUAAUAGGUAUAUCAUGCAUGAUCUCGUAAAUGAUCUUGCUAAAUCAAUAUCUGGAGAGUUUUGUUUAAGGAUUGAGGAUGGUAACGUGCAAAACAUUCAUAAGAAUGUUCGCUACUGUUCAUACUCAGCUUCAUGUGAUAGCAGUGAAAUAUUACUAGAGCCUUUUCAUGAGUGUAAACAAUUACGAUGUUUCGUGUCAUUAAAACGACAUUAA